AUGAAAAAAUAUUAUGAUUUCAGAUGGAACCAAAUUACAUACAACGGUAGGUACUAAUGCGAUAAGAAAGUUGGUAGAUUGGAAUUUAUUAUGGAUUAGAAUAAAUGUAUAUCAAUAUAAUAAAUAAAAUUUUAUUAAACAUUAGUGGUGGAGGAUAAUAUGAUUGAGCUGAGUGAAAACUUUAGACUGUACUUACAUUUAACUAUUAGAUAUGAUUAGAAAUAGUCAAGUAAUUUAUGAAGGGGAGUAUUGUAAUGGAAACAAAGUUGGUAAGUGGAAUAUAUAUUUCAGAUUUAAAGGAAAUAAAUUAAUGUAAAUAUUUAGAAUAAAAUUGAUAGUGGUGGUGGAUCAUAUGAUAAUGAAGGUUUACAUAAAAUUGGGAGGUGGAUUGAAUUAAGUGAUUGUUAUGAACAGGAUAGAUAAGUCACAUAUCAUGGGGAAUAUCGAAAUGGCAAAAAAGUUGGAAGAUGGGAUAUUUAUUUCAAUAAGAUUAAUAAACAAUAUUUAAUGUAUAUAUUAAGAAACAAAUUAUAGUGGUGGCGGAUCAUAUGAUGAAGAUGGUUUAUAUAAAAUUGGGAUGUGGGUUGAGUGGAGUGAACAUGAUGGACAAAUCACAUAUAAUGGUGAAUAUCGAAAUGGUAAAAAAGUUGGAAGAUGGGAUAUUUAUUUCUUUAAUAUUAAUAAAAAUUAUUUAAUGUAAAAAUUUAAGUAAACUUUAGUGGUGGUGGAUUAUAUGACGAGGAAGGGUUAUAUAAGAUUGGAAGAUGGAUUGAGGUGAGUAAUGUUUUUGAAGUUGAUAGAUAAGUCACAUAUAAUGGUGAAUAUAGAAAUGGGAAAAAAGUUGGUAGGUGGGAUAUUUAUUUCAAAUUUGUUGAAAAUAAAUAAAUGUAUGUAUUAAUAAAAUCUUUUUUAGUGGAGGUGGAUUAUAUGAUGAAGAAGGUGAAAUAAAGGUUGGAAGGUGGAUUGAGUUGAGUGAUAAUUUUCAUUAAGGUGAAUAACUCAUUUAUGAGAGAUUUUAAAAAGAAGUAAAAAAGAAGGAACUUGGGUAUAAAAAAAUAUUCAGCAGAUUUAGCCACCUUGCCUUCUUAACAAUCGAAAAUGAAUAAUAAUAUUAAUAAAUAAGUUAAAAUCAUUUGAAUAUUAUCUGA